UUUACCAGUAAUUCUGCAAUAAAUUGCAACUACUAUAUCGAUGUACUGAGUUCAUGCUUUUUUGUAAGUUGUUAAUUAAUACACAACGUUUAAAUUGAAUACUUUGUUCAAAACACAAUGUUAAAACCUAUGCCAGAAAGCCUCUUAACUGUAUUAUUACAACUUCAACCCCGUUUUAAGAAACACUUAGAAACUGAUUUCAAAAUUCUAAAUGAUAUGAGAUGUAGCCGUGCAACAUGUUCUUUGGGAGCUCCAAAUGUUCUCACAAUAAUUGACUCGGAAUCUAGGUUAAUAAAAAACAUCAAAUUCAUGAAACAUUUCAAUAUUAAGAUAAAAUCUUUAGAUCUAUGCAUGAAACAACUUUAUUUGAAAUUAUCUUUAGAAAUAGAUGAAAUGUUAAUCGAAGCCCAAUAUGAAAUGUUUAAUAAUGAAUCUAAACCACAAAGAACGUUCAAUGAGCCUGGAAAUAUUGU